UGCCACAAUUUUCAAAACGCUUCAAGCCAAAACGUACAAACAGUGCCUGGCUGAUUGUGUAGCAAAAAAGAAAUGCAUUUCUUUCAACUUUGCUGAAUUCCUCAGUUCCGAUGGGCUACAUUUGUGUGAAAUGCUCGAGACAGACUUAUUCAACGCAACCUCGACAAAUUUCAAUUACAGGGCAGACUACCUACACUUUACAAGAAAGACGGAGUGUUUAUUGAAGCCCUGCCAGGCAGGAUUCCUCUGUCUUCCAGACUACGUUGGAGACAAAUACACCUGCAAAACGUGCAAAGAAAUGGAAGUGCCUGAAGGCUUGUCGGAAUGGGGUGAAUGGUCAAAGUGCGAUAAACUGUGCGUCCCUGGUAAAAAGCGACGUCAAAAGACCUGCAGCAACGCUAAAGCGAUUUGCAAUCCAUGCACUAGUGCAGAGGCAUUAACACUGGAAGAGAACGACUGCUACUAUUGCCCACCAGAAAGCCCAAUAAGAGCGGCAGAAGGCUUUGGAUCCUAUCUGUGCGUGCAGCCAAAAAGUGGUGACUGUAACCCGAUUGAAAACCAAACCACGUGGACUCAUGGUCUUGUAUGGAAACUCGCCGACAAGAACUGUUCAGCAGAGCAUAUGAAAUUUCUUUUCGAUGUUGAUGGAAAAAUUUAUCAUAAAUGUAGUGGAAAGAUUGUUUGUCCCCAGGAAGAUGGAGAUGAUCUCAAUAACCAGAGACUUAUUUUGAAUGACACUUGUCCAGAUGACAUAGCCAGACACAAAAGACUUCCAAGCCAUUCUCUUCAGCAUGUAAAGAGUGGUAUCUGUGUUCAUUCCUCCUAUGGUACACCAAAAGUUGGCCGUUUUCUAAUCUAUCACAAAAGUGGAUGUGAUCUGGAACGAUUUAUGCUUAUAUUUUUCAAACUAAGUAACCCCUGAAGCUGAGCUCACUUCAUAAGUUUUUUUUUAGAUUUACAAGCAUGAAUCGUGCACUUUUAAUAAUAUUCAGGUCUGUAUUUUGUACAGAACUUUAUUGGUCAAUUGCAAGGCGAAUAUUCAUGACCUAAUGAAGGAAGGAAGGGAUGUUCACUAACUUGUCAAGUUUCAUGACUAUAAAUUAUGCAGAGAAUGAUGAGGAGUUAGCCUAAUUAUACUUUGUAAAAGAAAUAAGGGUAGGAUGCUUUUCACUCUCUUUAUGGAGUUUCGAGUAGAUAGUCAUUGGCUUUUCACCUGUAAUGAA